AUUUAUGUAGCACAAACACUUACUGUAUUUGUAGUAGUAAAUUAAGAUGAGCGGCGGCAGGCUUAGUAGUGUGGUGGAGUAUUUGAAGCGAAUGCAGGCUGAGGAUGCUGCUUUCUUUUAUGCUCUUCAGCACGACACUCACCAAUCACUUGCAAAUCUGUUCUGGGCAGAUGCUUCUUCCAAGCUCAACUAUCAUUACUUUGGAGAUGCCGUACUAUUCGACCCUCUCUAUCGCACCAACCCGUACACCAUUCCCUUUGCAGCAUUCACAGGCCUAAACCAUCACGGCCAGCCUAUAUUGCUCGGCUGUGCUCUUAUAUUCAACGAGUCCCACUCCUCAUUUGUGUGGCUUUUCCAAACAUGGCUUCAUGCCAUGUCUGGUAGACUCCCAGUUUCCUUUACAACGCAUCCUGAUGGGCUCAUACGGGCCGCUGCUGAACAGGUUCUUCCUGGCACUCGCAUUCGAUUCAGUAAGCACGCCAUGUUUAGAGAAACCCAACAGAAAAUCCCUCAGAUUUAUCAGUUGCACCCUAUGUUUGAAGUUGAAUUUAAAAAGUGCAUCAACGAGGCUGACACUAUAGAUGAGUUUGAAUCAUCUUGGCAAACACUUGUGCAAAGAUACUAUCUCAUUGAUAACGCCUGGCUCCAGUCUAUGUACGAUGUUAGACAGUACUGGGUCCCUGUAUAUAUGCGAAACACCUUUUUCGGAGACUUGUCUAUAAAUGAAGCAAGUGGAGAGUUAACAUCAUUCUUUGACGGGUUUGUCGAUGCAUCAACCACCAUCCACAUGCUGCCUAAGCAGUACGAAAAAGCUGCCGCAAGUUGGCAGGAAAAGGAGUUAAAAGCAGACUAUGACACCACUAACACAACGCCCGUACUGAAGACUCCUUCUCCCAUGGAAAAACAAGCUGCUAACCUUUAUACUAGAAGAAUCUUUACUAAAUUUCAAGAGGAAUUGGUUGAGACUCUUGCUAAUCCUGCAACCAAGGUUGAUGACUCAGGAACCCUCACCACUUACCGAGUUGCCAAAUUUGGGGAAGAAAUUAAAGCACAUACUGUCCAUUUUAAUUCUUUUGUGAUGAAAGCUAGUUGCAGCUGCCAAAUGUUUGAAUAUAAAGGAAUUAUUUGUCGGCACGUAUUAGCGGUUUUUAGAGCAAAAAAUGUUCUUACCCUUCCUACUCAAUAUGUAUUGAAAAGAUGGACAAGAAAUGCCAAGACUGGGACUGUGUUUGAUGAACGUGCUUCUCAAUUGCCUUGCAAUUCUCAAGAGUCUCUAAGUGUUCGAUAUAACAGUUUGCGACAGGAGGCAAUCAAAUAUGUUGAACAAGGAGCUAAAUCUAUUCAGAUUUAUAAUGUGGCAAUGGAUGCUUUGCAAGAAGCUUCUAAGAAGGUUGCUGCUAUGAAGAAUAGAACUCUUGGAGCCUCAGAGUGUGGAGUUUUGACCAAUGGAAGUAGUCAAAUGCUUCAUGUAGCUGAUGAAAACACGUUGCCUGCGUCUCAUCCCGCGCAGGAUGAGAAAGAAAAGAAAAUUCGAGAACUGAGUGAUGAGCUGGAGAGUACAAAUCAACGGUCUGAAGUGUAUCGAGCAAAUUUAGUUGGUGUGUUGAGAGAUAUGGAAGAACAGAAGUUGAAGCUGUCGGUGAAAGUUCAGAAUGCAAGGCUUAGUUUGAAAGAAUGAAUUAGUGUAGGAGGUAGAAUGUAAUUUGAUGUUAGUAAUGCAAGCAGCGAAUGGAACUCACUUUUGCUUUUAAAUCAAAUGAUGCACAAAAAGGUCCUAUACUUUCUAUAAAAAUAUGACUUUUAGUCUUAAUAUCA